AUGGCGCAACCGGCACCGCUUGGUUUGGAUGUUACGGAAUUGAAAUUUAAGCUGCAGAGCAAGGUUCCGGUUUUCAAAGGAGAUGGAAAUGCCAAAAACGGUUGCAAUUUGCUUGCCACGGCCAGUGUACAUGGGCUGGUGUUUGCCGGCACCGUAGGCUGUGAGUUGCGCGUUCUCAAGCUGAAAGACAUCACCAGUGAGCGGGCGAAGGAUGAACUUGUCCCGUUGCGCACGGUUCCACUGCCAAGCGAACCGUAUCAAUUGGCAGUUAGCUGUGAUAAUGGAUUUCUCGCGGUGGAUCUCAUCGCGAACGGAGUGCCAUUCGUGUACGUCUACUCCGUACCGUCAUUCUUGACCGGUUCGAUUGUGAAGACGCAUGAAAUCAAAACAUCCGCACAGCCCAACGUGCGCAGUACGCAGCUCUGCUGGAAUCCCGUAAUGCAUAACGUGCUUGCAGUGCGUACCGACGCAGGAGGCCUUUCCGUGUACACGCUAAAGGAGCCGGCCGGUUUAGAGUUCCAUUCGCUCGACACGAACAAUCCAGCCGAGCGGACUCAGUGUGCCUGCUGGAGUCCAAAGGGUAAGCAGUUGGUGGUAGCGUUCGUAAACGGAAAGCUCGUACAGUACAAGCCCGAUCUGAAACCGGCCCGUACAAUCGCGUGUCCGGCUGGGGUGGUGGAGGGUGGCGGUGGGUUCGACGUACUGGCAGUCCAGUGGCUCAGUACGUACCAAUUUGCGGUCGUAUUUCUACCACACGCGGAAGACUCUGUGCCGGCACUGUUCAUCGUGAACGCGCCCAAAGUUGGCAAUCCGGUUUUUAUCAAUUACGACGACAUCUGUUACAGUCAGAGUGGGCCACGCAAAGGGCAAGUGUUUCUGCAACAUGUACUGCCCUGGAAUUUGCUGCUGAUGGCAUCGGCCAACAGCAUGGAGGUCGGCAUAUUGGGUACAACGGAAAGUGGCGAAGCGCCCACCUGGUGCCAGUGGACGACGACAGACGAGGCACGCGCCGAGUUGCCGCUGACGACCGAUAAACAGGAAUCGUUCCCAAUCGGAUUGGUGCUCGAAACGGGAUGCACACACGAACUCGUAAUCGGUGAACAAACGUUCCCGGUGAUGCCGAUGAUCCACUUGCUUUCCACGUACGGUCAGCUGGUUUCGUUCAACGUGCUUAAUAUGGUCCCGAAUGUACCGAACAUUUGCUCACCUCCCAAACCGGUGCAGGACCUUUCCGGUGGAGCAUUCGUGAAGUUGGAUGUGGAAAAGUCCUCUCCGACAGUUGGUACAACGUCACACCAGCAGCACAGUGGCACAGUGGUGCCAAAUGCUCCGGUGGCACCAUCGGCGGGAAUAUUGCCUCCGUCGGAAAUAUCUUUCGCCGUGCCGAAUGGUGCAACAUCAACACCUGCCAUAGCGAAAUCGAAAUCAUUCUUCAAUCCCGGACUCGGAGAGGCUGUACAAAAGUCUCCUGUAAACCUAUUCGGUGGAGCCGGUGCAACAGCUCAGCAGCAACAGCAAAAACCUGCCACAAUAGCACCAACAUUCGGCAAACAGAUUACCUUCGGAUCGGCACCCACAGGAGGACCGCUUGGUUCGCAAACGGGAAUAGGAGCUGCCAACGAUAAGAAACCUUCUUCCUUCGCCGGGUUUUCAGCACCGGGUACAGCAGCAAGCACGUUUACCAGUGGUACAGCACUGGGGACAAGUGCCGGUGGUCUUCCAACGAUGUCUGCUCCACCCUUCCAAGCAGCCAUGGCAUCGAUGGGAUCAACGCUAGCUGCUGCCCCAUCCACAAUGGGUCCGGAUGCAAAUAAACCGCUCGUCACCGUUCCUCCUACGUACGUUCCUUCGGCUCAACAGCAAACCCAGCAAAACAAUAGUGGGACCGGAUCAACCCGACCACAAGCAGCAAGUAUGCAAAAGAAAGCAGAAUUCUCCUCCGAGGAUAGUAACGCGAUCAUACGAACACUGACGAUCGAUGAGCUGAAUCGUUUUAGCCGCGAACUGGCCGAUCUGCAGCAGCGUAACCGCUCGCUAAACGUUCAAAUCGGACUGAAGGAAGAAUCGGCUCAGAUCAUUCGGAAUUUGCGUGAAUUGGAAGACAUUAUUGCGCAAGCGAAUGAAAGCACCCAGUCGCUCGUAUCGGACGUGCAGACGUUGCGACUCGGGCUACAUGAAGCAUUUGCGAUGGUAGCUGAAGCGAACAGCAAGAGUGCGAUCUACAAUAAUCCGACCGUACAUCAGUACCAGGAAGCACACGGCAUGUCUCAGACGAGCCGGCGACAGCUGAGUGCGCUGGAAAAUAUGCUACAGGUAAACGAAAAUCAGCUCCAAACCGUGACGAAACAGUUGAAGGCACAACUGAUGUGCCUGGAAGAGGCGAAACAAGCGCGUGCCAAACAGCGUAUGCACAUCCCUAGCCUGGAAGUGCUGUAUCAAACGCUUUCCAAGCAGCAAGACAUUCUGAACCGGCAGGGUGAGAAGUUAGCGUAUCUUAAGAAUAAGCUGGGGCUGCGAGGCAGUUUAAAAGGGCUAGACGAUCGUACCAAGAGUGCGAAGGGAUUGAACAAACAGCUUACCGGCGAUAUGACGGAUACGUCCGAGAGCGCGAUCGAAUCGCUGACGGAUUCGAUCAUAUCGAUGACGCUCGGUGAUCAGGUGGCGGCAGACACUAGAAAGCUAAGCGAACCUAAGCUAUCCGCCCUGAGGAGAGCGCUCGUGGGACGGAAGGUGGUAACGGUGAAGCCGCAGCGUCCCGAUCGAAUUGGGCUUAGCUCCGAGGUAGUACGUGAACGUCGCGAUCAAGUCAGAAGACAGCAUGUGGAGCAGGAAAAGGCGAAAGUGACACAACAACAAACAGCGACAGUAAAGGCGACAACUGUUUCUUCCAGCAAGGAAAGUCAACCUCAACUACAACAGCAGCAGCAACGUGUAGCUCAACAACACUCAAAACCGCCCGUGAAACCACUGGGAACAGCGACAGCUAAUAAAGCGUUUUCAUUUGGUUCGCAAGCUCCAGCAGCACCCAGCGCCGGUAGCUUUUCUUUUGGACAGACAACAAUUACACCGAUGCCUGCGACCGAAACCGCCAUGAAACCAACGCCGAACGGGGGAAGUAUUAGUACCGGGUUGAGCUUUAGCGUUUCCGCCGGUAAAGAAAGCGAAAGAGAGAAAAAGGAUACGACCGGCAGCUUGGGUGGGAAGGAAAACAUCCCUGUCAAUACCGCACCGAACGCAACCGUCGCGAAACCUUCGUCUAGUCCAUUCAGUUUUGCGUCUGGAGCUGCCAUGAGCAUUCCUCCUUCGGGAGCUUUUUUGUCAUCCUCGGCGGAAUCCUCUUCUACUUCUAGCACUGCUACGAAACCCGUAUUCUCAUUCGGUAGCGUCGGAACAGGUGCCAACAACGGCACCAACAACAGUCAACCGUCAGGAUUAUCGUUUGGUUCGCUUGCGAAACCAAAUUUUUCGUUCGAUCUGCCCUCGGCAACGUCCUCGGGUAAUGGGGCAGCAAUUUCUUUCAAUAUCGGAGGACCUUCGGAAGGAUCGUUAAGUUUGGGAAAACCGAAACCAACGGUUGCUAAUGAAAAUGUACCACCGAUAGACGAAGUACAGAAGGACAAACCAUUGCCACCCUCGUUCGGACCAGUAGAAUCGGCCCCAACGUCAAAAGCCCCACUGCCGGCCCUUACCAGCCUCCUUCAGAAGGUUGACUCAUCGGUGGAUCUUACCGUUAAGAGUGUGCCGGCUCAGCCAAAGCCCAGCGGAGGAGGUCUGUUCGGUAGCAUUUCCGGUGGAACCAGUUUCGGGUCGGGCGGUCUUUUUGGCAGUGUUGCCAAACCAGCAUCUACAGUGACGACCUCAACAACGACAACAACAACAGCAACGAAUGAGACAGCCAAACCGACUGCAGGUUUAUUUUCGGGAAUUUCAUUCGGUUCACUCACCGUAACGCCAACAUUCUCUACCCCUGCUGCAACUGGGACAGGAGGUGAAAGCAACACACCGACGGUUGGAUCGUUUUUUGGCGGUAUCAAACCAACUACUGGUGCUAAUGGAAAUGGAGCAGCAGCAGGUGCUACUCCUACAAGCUCCGUGGGUUUAACAUUCGGAAGCAAUAGCUUUGCGUCGUCUGGUUUUGGGCCUCCUAAGCCUUCGACAUCUACAGCAGCAGACACAUCGUCCAUAGCUACCACAUUAACUUCUUCGGUGACUGCAUCAACGGCUGUCACCACAAGCGACGAACCGGUCAAAUCGGAUGCGAAGGUGGAAUCGAUUGCAACAACUGCUACUUCUACAGUUCCGACAAGCUUCGGAUUUGGGACUGUUUCCGCCAACAGCAUACCAUCAACGGCCGCACCGAGUGCUUUUUCGUUCGGUAAAUUAUCUCUGGAAAAACCCGUUGCAGCUAUUGCAUCGACAGGUACUGCUUCAACGGCAACAUCGGAUGCUGUUGCACCAACAACGGCUGCUGCUCCGACAACAGCAGUAGCAGAUACGGCGAGCAAUCUGCUCAGUUCGAUUAGUAUCUGCUCACCGAGCUCGGCCACUUCUACCAAUGCCAAGAGUACCUCCAAUACCGGUGGCAACAUCUUCACUUCAGCAACGUUUGGUUCUCCAAAACCUGCAACGGAUGCGACCAACAUCUUUGGUAGCGCUGGUGCUGUUUCAUCAUCCGGUGGAUCAAUGUUUGGCAGUGUGAAACCCGCUGCUACUACGUUUGGUGCGGCCGCAACAACACCAGCACCCGUUGGUUUGUUCUCUUCGGUUGUACAACCAAGUGUGGCUUCUACCGGUCCAGCAACUGCCACCGUUACUGCUACUGGUGCUCCAGCUGGUGGCGGUAACAUUUUUGGUGGUUUCUUUGGAACCGCUGGAGUUCCAGCAACAACCGCAACCAUUACACCAUCGCCGGGUUCAUUCUUCGGCAGCGGUGUAAGUACGGCGGGUGGUUCCAUCUUCGGAUCACCCUCUCCGGCUACGACGACGUCCAGCAUUUUUGGUAAUGCUACAACGGGUAGCCCUACAACCGGCACUGGAGGAUUGUUUGGCAGCAACACCAAUAGUACACCCGCCGGUGGUGGUGGCUCUAUUUUCGGUGGUUCAUCUGCGUUCGGGGCAACGAUCGGUGGCAGUACCGGGCCAGUUGCUGGUGGAAACAUUUUCGGCAGUCCCGUCGCAUCCGCUCCCGCAUCCGGCGGUACGGGUUUGUUUGGUUCGGUUACGCAACCCAUCUCUUCAACACAAUCCAUCUUCGGUGGAGGUGGUGCAGCUUCUCCGGGAGCGUUUGGUUCCGUGGCCACCGCUAGUCCGGGACCGUUCAGCAGUGGCGGAGGCACAGGAUCGUCGGGUGUGAAUGCGUUCGCUUCACCACCCGGUGCCGGUAGUGCUACAUCGGCUUUCAGCAAACCGCCCGCUUUUGGAGCAACUCCAACAUUUGGCGGUGCAGCAACAUUCGGUGGAGCGCCCACGUUUGGAGGAGCACCAACAUUCGGUGGUGCGGCCACGUUCGGUAGCCCGAAGGCGACAUUCGGUGGCGGAUCACCGUUUGGUGGAGCUGGAAGUUCGCCAGCCAUCGGUUCACCAACGACGUCCAACAAUCUGUUCGAGCAGCUUGGAUCUUCCUCGUCUGGUGUGUCCUUCGGUGGGCUGGCGGCACAACAGGCACAAAAACCAACCCAGUUCGGAGGGUCGUCCUUCUCUAGCUGGCGCUCGUAA